CGUUCCCCGAAAGACGAAGCUGCGCCCCGAUUCCGGUCCGCAGGGAGAACGAAGGGCAUUUCUCCCCGCGCCGCACCCGCUGCUGAGCCCGGAGUGCGGACACCCCAGGGAUGUGAGUGCGCCCCGACCCUGAGGCCCGCACUCCACGCCCCGAUUCGCGGCCUGCGCCUCAGAGGACCCCUGCCUGCAGUCCCCGUGCUUCUCUCAGGCCCUCUCAGAGCAUGCUGCCUGCAGCCAUGAAGAGCCUUGGCCUGGCACUGCUGGCCUUGCUGCUUUGCCCCUCGCCUGCCCAUGGCCUGUGGUGCCAGGACUGCACCCUGGCCAAUUCCAGCCAUUGCGCCCCGAAGCAGUGCCAGCCAACCGACACCGUUUGUGCCAGCGUGCGGAUCACCGACCCCAGCAGCAGUAGGAAGGACCAUUCUGUGAACAAGAUGUGUGCUUCCUCCUGCGACUUCGUUAAGCGGCACUUUUUCUCAGACUAUCUGAUGGGGUUCAUUAACUCUGGGAUCUUAAAAGUCGACGUGGACUGCUGCGAGAAAGAUUUGUGCAACGGGGCAUCAGCCAAGGGGCAUAGUCCCUGGGCCCUGGCUGGGGGGCUCCUGCUCAGUCUGGGGCCGGCUCUCCUCUGGGCUGGGCCCUGAGGACCCUCCCUCCCUCCUGCAGGGCUUUGGAGCUUGUCCCCAAGCUUGUUGCUGCCCCUCCCCAGCCUAGCCUGGCUAGGGCUGGGAUAGCAAGGGCUUGCCCUCAAGGUCUGUAGCUCUCAACUUCCCUAGAUGUGAGCCUUCUCCUUUUCUCCACCAGCUCCAUAUCCCAGGCAGCUGGACAUCUCCAGGAGACCAGACACCCUGGCAGGAAGCUCGGGUGGGGGGGGGAGGGGGAGGGCAGGGGACUGGGACCCUCCAGGUCCCCUAGGGGAGGGAGGCCAAGCCAGGGACAGCCCAACAGCCUGGCCUGAGGGGCAUUAACUACAGAGAAAUAAAGUCACUUCUGAGUCUUGUG